AAGGACUUAAAAAAGAGUCUAUUAUGCUGUUAUUUUGAUUUUUCAUUAUUUCUUUUGUUAUUACUCAAAAAAUGUAAAAAAAAUAAUCAUUUAUGUAUGUGGAUAAUCUUUAUCACCAGAAGUAUGAAUAAAUUACACAUAUAGAAAAAUGACAGUAUCAAGUAUAUAAUUUGUAUCAAAUGUGUAUUUGAUAAUUACAUGAAUACAGAUAUUUUUACUUUCAUCUAAAAAUGAAAUAAACUUUCUAUUACCUAUAAGAGUUGAAUGGAUUAAAAAUUAGAUAGAAAAGAAUUGCACAAUAUAAUACUUGAGACUUGCCGUCUCUUUCAUUUUUCAUUAAAUUUUAGUUUACGCUGAGCUGUGCUGGAGUUUGCAUUUGACUUUUAACUCAUGCAAUUAUUCCUUGCUUUACUUAUGUGAAAGCAUUUUGUUUCACUGAAAUAAAUAUCUCGUGUAUUAAAUAAAUUCCACAAUGAUAUUUAAAAUUGAUAAAGGAUUAAUAAAUAUACUGGUUUUAAGUUGGGGUUUCAUGUUCACAUUUUCUUCAUUUCAAACGAUGAGCAACACACAAAAAAAUUUGCUGGACGCAGUUGAGAAAGAUAAACCACAUUUCACAGGAGAUGGGUACGUGAGUCUGGCGAUUGUCUUCGUAGUUUUUGGCAUGGCACUGUUUUUUUCGCCAAUGUACGGCACUCUGAUAAGCACUAAGUUGUCACUGUUUCUCGGAGCCUUGUGCAAUUUAGUGUUCACUGUGAUAUUUUUUUGGCCGGAAAGGACUUUACUUUACGUAGGGUCAGCGAUUCAGGGAGUUGGAAAUGCUCUAAUGUGGGUUAGCUCGGGUCGAGCACUGACAGAAAACAGCAAACCUGCAACUAUUUCUCGCAAUGCCGGUAUUUUCUGGGCUACUUUUCAACUAUCUUUAGUUACUGGAAACCUGUUUGUCUACUUCACAUUCACUGGGAAAUCUUUCGACGAAACAACAAGAAAAACAAUUCUAGUGACACUCACUGUACUUUCGACAAUUGGAUGUUCAAUUUUUAUUGGUUUUAAAGUCCCUCCAAUAGUUCCUCCAAUAGUGGAGCCCGCUGAAAAAAACUUCAAGGUGGAGGAUGAAAAAAUAAACGAUUGUUCAUUAAGUUCAGCGUGGCUUCGAAUGAAAAAUGCCGCAUUACUUGUUUUUACUAAAAACAUGAUGUUGCUUUCGAUUCCCUUUCUGUACACUGGCCUGAUUAUCGCUUUUUACACGGGUGUUUACACUUCAGUCGUAGGUUUUACCGUCAAAUUGGGAGAUAUUCGCAAAAGGCUUGUGAAUCUAACGGGAGUUGCCAUUGGCAUUGGAGCGGCAGUUGGUGCAACUUUCUCAGGUUCCAUGGCACCAAAAUUGAAAAUCUGUUCAAAUUCUCUAAUUCUUGUGUUUGGGUUUUCGGCGCAAAUUGUUUGCUUCAUAAUUACGUAUUUAAAUUUUCCAAACAAUGCUCCGUUCGAGGACACUGAGGACAUUGGAGUGAUCGCACCAAUGCCCGUUUUGGCCAUAGUUGGAGGCUUUUUCCUCGGCUUUGGUGACUCUUGCAUCAACAUACAAAUCUACAAUACUCUCGGAACCAUUUAUAAAGAAGACAUUGCACCGGCUUUUGCUUUCUUCUGCUUUUGUCAAUCUAUAACGGUCACAUUGAGCUUUAUAAGUAGCAACUAUAUUGGAUUACAUAUACAGCUCAUUAUUUUUAUAAUAGUUGGAAUUCUUGGAAUUGGAUGUUUUAUUUUUGUCAAUUUGAGAAAUAUGCCGAUUCACGAUGAUACAACAACUGCAGAAAAGUACAUUGAAAAAAAUAGCAGUAAGGUAUGAUUUAGGAGCAUAUGCAACUCAUUUUUAAAAGUCUAUCGAUUUACUUUACGAAAAAUUGUGUUGCACUUUAAUUGAAGUCAAUUUUAUUUUAGUACAGCACUGUACUAAAAUGUGAACAAAUUUUGUUCACUGCAAACUUAAACAGUUAAGAGAAAGCAGAAAUUCAAAAAACAAUGUAAUUAAUUAAACUAUUUAUUAACUAUUAAUACUUGUUUUUUUUAAGUUUUAUCUGGCUUUUUUUAUAGGUAAUAUUAUUUUGAUUUUUAUUUCAUUCAUAGAUACCGCAGUAUUCUCAAAUUUCUUGUCAUUAUUCAUAGUAUUAUUUAUCAUAAUUGUGACUGCUAGCAUGUAACAAAUUAUAGUUUUAACAUAAAAAUAUAUAAAUCAUAACAAUAAACAGUUUAUUGUUAUUUAAUUGUUUAAAAUGUGCAGCAAACAUUCAAAAAGAUUUUUUUUCAUAAAUGGCAAGUUUGCUAUAUAGUAUAGGAAAAAUUUCCUGAAAAAUAAUGCGUUAUAUGGGAUAUAAGUGCUUGUAAACAAAUGUGUUUUCAAUAUAAUAUAAGAUUUGAACAAUUAGUUAAACGGUGCAUAUUAGUAGAAGAUAUUGGCAAACUUCAAUAUUGAUUCAGAAAAUAAUAUAUAUAUCCGAAACCUGCGGAGCAAGGGAUCCAACAGUCAUUGUUUUUAUUUAGUCUGGGAUAAAGCAUUUAAGAAUCUCUCAGUUAGUAAAGGUAUCAAUUACAUUUUUCAAAUUCUCGUACUUCUCAUUUUAUUUGCUUUUUAAGCUUCUGAAGCAAACAAAAACUAAUAAAAAUUCUUUACCAUCAUCUUGUUUUCAAACUGACAGCACUUUUUUUAAACUUGUUUUUACUCAAUACAUUUUUAUUAAGAAGGUAAAA